CUUGAGCUUGCUCUUCUUUGCUCUUUUUUCCACAGACUUGUGUGCACAUUCACCUGCCAUGCCAUUUCGAAGCACGCUGAGCAACCUCGGAUAUUCAGGUCAUAUCAUUCUGGCUGGCUGGUUGGCUUACGACGGCGUCAUGUUCUGGAAGAGACAGACGAGCUUCAACCAAGAAUAUGCUGCCAUCCAAGAUAUGGACAGCGUGGGAUCGCAUUCUUCCGCCAAUCCGCCGCUAGAGCAGCCUAGCCAUCACUGGGGCUGUGGCCGAGUUAUGCUGGGUUUCGCUUGGCAGGUGAUGCUCUGCACCGCCAUGUUCUUGGCCGGCUCCGUCAUCACGGCCGCGAUACUACCACGACAGCAUCAGUUUCACCGGCCCGGAACUGCGCUGUCGACCGACCGUCAAUGUGCCGCGCAGCUGGGCGUAUAUUCUCCGCUUUUGGAAGUGGUCGAGUAUGAAGAGCGCAACUGGACAGAUCCAGCUGCCGGAGCAGUCUCGGGCUACGUCGGCCGCCCGACCAGGGAGAUGGAGAGGAAGUGGGACGCCAUUUCCAACGUCCCGGCCAUCGUGAUCCCCUUCGAGAAACUCCCCCUGCUCAACCGCACCGAAGACCCCAGCCGGCACGGCUCACGCUUCGUGACCGCGCGCGCCGGGGUCCCGCACCCCUCGUCGCCGGGCGGCUACGUCGGCGUGACCGAGGUCUUCCACCACCUGCACUGCCUCAACGUGCUGCGCCAGCACGUCUGGAGGGACGCGUACGCCCCGGCGGGCGCCCACGGGGAGGCCGAAGAGGACGAGCGGCCGCCGCUGCCUGCGACGUUGCGGCGCGAGGCGCGGGCGCACGCGGACCAUUGCGUCGACACGCUGCGCCAGGCCCUCAUGUGCACCGCAGACGUGACGCCGUACCUGAUAUACGCCGGCGGGGACGGGUCGGAUUGGCCGCCCAAGGACUCGCGGGAGGACUUUGAGGGCCUACAUAAAUGUCGCAGAUUUGAGCCGCUGCUCAAAUACGUGUGGGACAACGGGAUUGUGGUGAGGCCGCAGUGA